AUAAGCUUUUGUGUGUACACCAUUUUGGGAGUUGUGAAACGAGCUCGUUGGCCUGCAGCUACUGAAGAGGCGAAAGCUGGAGGAUUCUUGGUGGGAUACAUGCCCAGUGGCAGUCCAAUCUACCGUAAUCCCUGCACUGAGCAGGUCCUGAAGCUUUUUGACAAUUUACUUGCUCUUAUAAGGACUCACAACAAUCUCUACAUGCCAGAGAUGGUGGCUAGGCUGGGGGAGACAUUUGCAAAGGCCUUGGACAUGCUGGAGGUGGAGAAGAAUGCCAUCCUAGGUCUCCCUCAACCUCUGCUGGAGCUUUAUGACUCUCCCGUGUACAAAACGGUCUUAGAAAGGAUGCAGGGCUUCUUUUGUACCCUGUACGACAACUGUUUCCACAUCCUGGGAAAUGCAGGUCCCUCCAUGCAACAGGAUUUCUACACUGUUGAGGGUCUUGCCACCCAGCUCCUCAGCUCGGCUUUCAUCAACCUCAACAACAUUCCUGAUUACAGACUGCGUCCCAUGCUCCGUGUGUUUGUGAAGCCCUUGGUACUCUCCUGCCCUUCAGAAUACUACGAAACCCUUGUCUGCCCCAUGCUGGGACCACUCUUUACCUAUCUGCAUGUGAGAUUGUCUCAGAAAUGGCAGGUGAUCAACCAGCGAAGCAUGCUCUGUGACGAUGAUGCUGCAGACGACAACCCUGAGUCUCAGGAGAUGCUUGAGGAACAGCUGGUCAGGCUGCUGACUCGAGAAGUCAUGGAUCUCAUCACUGUCUGCUGUGUUUCUAAGAAAGGUGUUGAGCAUAACACUACUGCUGCUGUAGACGGAGACGAUGAUGAGGCAAUGGCCACAGAGGUGACGGCUCCUGCCAGCGCAGAGCUCACCGAGCUCGGCAAAUGUCUGAUGAAGCAAGAGGAUGUUUGCACCGCGCUGCUGAUCACUGCCUUCACAUCGCUCUCCUGGAAGGACACCUUGUCCUGCCAAAGAACCACAACACAGCUUUGCUGGCCACUGCUCAAACAGGUGCUUCCAGGAAACCUCCUGCCUGAUGCCGUGUCCUGGUUUUUCACAAGUGUGCUGAAGGGCUUACAAAUACAUGGGCAGCAUGAUGGCUGCAUGGCAGCUCUUGUCCACCUGGCUUUCCAGACCUACGAGGCCUUGCGCCCUCGUUACGCUGAGCUGAAGGCAGUGAUGGAGCAGGUCCCAGACAUCCAGAUGGACUCUUUGGAGCAGUUUGAUUCAAAGCUUCUCAACCCAACACUGCAGAAGGUGGCAGACAAGCGCCGGAAGGAUCAUUUCAAGCGCCUCAUCGCAGGUUGCAUUGGGAAGUCCCUCGGGGAGCAGUUCCGCAAGGAGGUUCAUAUCCGGAACCUUCCAUCUCUCUUCAAAAAGGUGAAGCCAUCUUUGGAGACGGAUGUGCUAGAAAAUGAGGAUGGAGAGGGCCUUACUCCACUCUUUGAGCCCUGAGCCUGGGAUGCUGCAACCAUCUCCUCCCCUACCUUAUAUCUUGUCUCUCCUCAUAGUAAGCACAUUAGAUUCUCCUUGUCAUUGCCUCCAAAAGCAUUUGUCUGAAUAAAGCCCCUUACAGGUCCUGUCCCAUUCUCCUCCCUGCACUGGGAGGGGGCCUGUGGUGGCAUUUGAACCAGUCUAUUAAGCUUUCCCUGAUUCCUUCCCCUCCCCUCCCAUUGGAGGAGCAUCUUUAGACCUCUGCUUCUCUGCAAAGUGGGAGCUGAGCCCAUAGAGUCUAUUAGGUAAAGCCUGGUCAUGCUGUAACUCUGGGUCACUCAUGCUCCACGUCUUCAUCCCUUGGG